AGGAAAUGAAAAAUAAAUUUAUUAAAUAUAGAGGAAAUGAAAGAAGGUUAUGAAAUAAAGAAUGUAAGAAGUGGAGAUGAGAAUGGAUAGAGUGAAGUAGGGAAACAAAAAAUGAUUCCAUAUUUUAAAUUAUUUAGAUAUGCUAAAAAAGGGGAUGUUGUGCUUAUGGUAUUAGGUUCAAUUGCAGCAUUUUUAAAUGGUGGUGCAAUACCUUCAUUUUCUUUAAUAUUUGGUUCUAUGGUGAAUUCAUUUUAAGAGGCAGGGGAUGAAAUGGUAAAAUAAGCAGGAUAGAAUGCAAUGUAUAAAAUAAAAUAGAAUUAUAGAUGGUUUUUAUUAGUAGCAAUAGUAACGGGUGGAUUAUCAUUUACUAUGUUUGCAACUUGGAUGAUAGCAGGUGAAAGAUAGGGAAUAGAAUAUAGAAAAAAUUAUUUUAAGGCAAUUCUUCAUUAAGAGGUAGGAUGGUUUGAUACAAUAAAUCCAAAUGAAUUAAAUAAUAAAGUAGCAAAUGAAUCAUUUGCAGUGUAAGGUGCAAUAGGCGAGAAAGUUCCAACAUUUAUAAUGACAUUUUCAAUGACAUUUUUUGGUUUUCUAUAUGGUUACAUAUGGUAUAUAUAUAAAUAAAUAUAAUUUAGGGGUUGGUAAUUAGCAAUAGUAAUAACAGCAACACUUCCAGUUAUAUCAAUAAUAACAGCUGUGUUUUCUGUUAUUAUUUAAUAAUCUACAUUAGCAACAUAACAAGCAUAUUCUGAAGCUGGAGCAUUAGCAGAAUAAGCAAUAAAUGGAAUAAAAACAGUUAAAAUGUUAGAUGGAGAAGAUUAUGAACAUGAGAGGUAUUAUGAAUUAUUGUUGAAUGCAGCAAAUAAAACAACUAAAUAUGAUUUUGGAGUAGGGAUAGCAAUAGGAUUAAUAUGGGCAGCAAGUUUAUGGUCAUAUGCAUUAGGAUUUUGGUAUGGAGCAAAAUUAAUAGCAGAUCAAGUAAUAUUUAUUAAUUAUAUAUAGACAUAUAAUCCAAAUUAAGAUUCUGUUUACACUGUUGGAGAUGUUAUGACUAUAUAUUUUAGUGUAGUUACUGGCGGAUUUUCAUUAGGUUAAGCAGGUCCAUGUAUUUAGAAUUUUGCUAAAGGUUAAGCAGCAGCUGCUACUAUGUAUGAAAUAUUAGAUAGAAAACCUAAAAUCUAUAAUUCCCUUAAUCCUAAAAAAAUAUUAAAUUUUGAUGGAGAAAUUGAAUUCAAAGAUAUUAAAUUUAAAUAUCCAAAUAAACCAGAUUAAUUGGUAUUAAAUGGAUUAAAUUUAAAAAUUCCUCCUGGAAAAAAAGUAGCUUUAGUAGGAUAAAGUGGAUGUGGUAAAUCUACAGUUAUGCAAUUAAUAGAAAGAUUUUAUGAUUGUGAUUAAGGUUAAGUGUUAUUUUGUGGAAUUGAUAUUAAAGAUUUAGAUCUUAUAGAUCUUAGAAGUAGAAUUGGUUUAGUUGGAUAAGAACCAGUACUCUUUGCUACUAGUAUUAGAGAAAAUUUAUUAUAUGGUAAAACUGAUGCAAAAGAAGAAGAUUUAAUUGAUGCUUUGAAAAAAGCUAAUGCUUGGGAUUUUGUUUAAAAAAUGGAAAAAGGAUUAGAAACUUAUGUAGGUAUUGGAGGUAAUUAAUUAAGUGGAGGUUAGAAAUAAAGAAUUGCUAUAGCUAGAGCUAUAUUAAAAAAACCAUAAGUUUUAUUAUUAGAUGAAGCUACUAGUGCUUUAGAUAGAACAAAUGAACGAUUAAUAUAGGAGACUCUAGAUGAAGUUUCUUAAGGUAUUACAACUGUUGUUAUUGCUCAUAGAUUGAGUACUAUUUAAAAUGCAGAUAUAAUUUAUGUUAUUGAAAAAGGUAAUGUUGUUGAAAUGGGAACUCAUUAAGAAUUAAUGAAUUUACAUGGAUAUUAUGAAAAUUUGGCUAAAAGUCAAGUAUAAAAGAAAGGAGUAGAUGAAGAGCCAUUAAUAUCUGUUAGUAGUCAAAAGAUUAUAUAAGAUAGUAUAACUAAACUUAAUGAUACAAAAAACAGUUAGAAAAUAAUCUAAAUGAAUAUUGCAGAUAAGAAAAAUAUUGCAGAGGAAGCAGUUGAUCAAUUUAAAUAAUUACAAGAACUUGAUUUGAUCAUAAAAAGAGAUAGUAAAUCUUAUGAUAAAGUUGUAAAUAAGGAAUUAUAAUAAGAAGACAAAAAAGAAGUAGAUGCUUAAAUGGGUAGAUUAUUUAAUUAUAAUAAAUAAGAAAGAUUUUAAUUCCUUAUUGGAGUUUUAGCAGCAAUGGCUAAUGGAUGUACUUUUCCAAUAUUUUCAAUAUUUUUAUCUGAUAUGAUUACAGUAUUAGCUCUUUCAAAUCCAAAAAAUUAUACUGAUUAAGAGAGAAGUCAGAAAAUGGCUUAUGUUAGAGGAGAAGCAGAUAAGAAUGCUUUAUAUUUUUUUAUUAUAGGAUGUUGUGCAUUUACAUUAUGGACAAUAUAAUCUUUUUGUUUAAGUUAUGUAGGCGAAAGACUCACUCUUAAAUUAAGAUCUGAUACAUUUAGAAAAUUAUUAAGAAUGCCAAUUGCAUUUUUUGAUGAAUCUAAAAAUAAUGCAGGAACUUUGACUAGUAGAUUAUCUGUUGAUUGUAAAUUGAUAAAUGGAUUGACUUCUUCUAUAAUUGGAAUUAAUCUUGCUAAUGUAGCAUCUUUAGUUUGUGGAUUAACAAUUGCAUUUACAAGUAGUUGGGCUUUAACUCUAGUUACUUUGGGAAUUACACCCUUUACAUUUAUUUCUGGUGCACUCCAAGCUAAAUUAAUGUAAGGUUUCUCUGCUUAGACUGAUGAAGCAUAUAAAGAUUCAGGAAAUUUAAUAAUGGAAGCUGUUACAAAUAUUAGAACUGUUUUUUCAUUUGGUAAUGAAUAAACUAUUCUUGAUAUUUAUUAAAAGAAAGUUUAGAUGCCACUUUAAUAAGCUACAUCAAAAGGAUUCAAAGCAGGAUUAGCUAUGGGAUUCUCUUAAAUGAAUAUGUUUAUUAUGAAUGCUAUUAUCUUUUAUGUGGGAGCUGUCUUUUGUAGAGAUAUUGAUUUAAGUGUUAAUGAUAUGUUCAAAACUAUAUUCUCAUUAACAUUUGCUACUAUGGGAGCAGGUAAUAAUGCUGCAUUUGCUGGUGAUAUUGGAGCUGCUAAAAAUGCUAGCAAAAACAUAUUUCAAAUCUUAGAUUCUGAGGAUGAGUUUCAAAGAGAAUAACGUUUAUAUAAAUCAAGAUUAACUAAUCCUCUUCAUGGAGAUAUUUCAUUUAAUAAUAUUACAUUCAAAUAUCCUAGUAGAGACAAAAAUGUAUUUCAAAAUUUAAACUUAACUAUUAAAUAAGCUUAAAAAGUUGCUUUUGUUGGACCCUCUGGAUGUGGUAAAUCUACUCUCUUUCAGAUGUUGAUGAGAUUUUAUGAACCUGAUUAAGGAAUCAUAACCAUCAACGGAAUUGAUAUUAAUCAUUAUGAUAUUAGAUAUAUCAGGAGAUAAUUUGCCAUUGUCUCAUAAGAACCUGUCUUAUUUAAUGGUACUAUUAAGUAAAAUAUUUAAUAUAAUUUAUCUUCCAUAAGCUUUGAUUAAAUUGAAAAUGCUGCCAAAAAGGCCUAUGCAUAUGAAUUUAUUAUCAAUAACUAAUUUGAAGAGAUUUAAAUGGAAUAAAACGAAAAUUCAAAAUAAAGAGGAUAAGGAUUUGAAAGAUAAGUUGGUCCAAAAGGAACUUAAAUUUCAGGUGGAUAAAAAUAAAGAAUUGCUAUUGCUAGAGCUAUUCUUAGAGAUUCAAAUCUUUUACUACUUGAUGAAGCUACAAGUGCCCUAGAUACUGCAAGUGAAUAAUUAAUAUAGGAUAGCUUGAAUAAUCUAAUGGAAGGGAAAACUGCAAUCGUAAUAGCUCAUAGAAUAUCUACAAUAAAAGUAUUUAAUAUACAUUUAUUAUGAGGAUUCUGAUAUGAUAUACGUAUUCAAAGAUGGAAAAAUAGUAGAAGAAGGAAAGUAUUAAAGUUUAAUGAAUAUAAAAGGGGCAUUUUACAGUUUAAAAGAGGGAAUAGGAGCAUGA